AUGGCCGUUCCCGGAAUUAUUCUUCGCUUGGCUCAGCCCAAGGAUGACAGCACAAGUUUGCCCCCAGACGCUGUCCUCGCCCCUCCAAGGAUCGUCCCCGGCAUUGAGGGUUUCUUCGUAUUCGAGGCUCAAGACGACCUCACCCCAAAAUACAACACCACAUACUUCAUCAGCGACAUUCGUCCCGUGCUUGAAUCAUCGUCGUAUUUUGACGAGGAUGUCAAGAAGAAUGGCGACCAACUGGCCUCUCUCGCUUGGGAGGUCGCGUCCUUCAUCAACGGUCGCGACACAAUCCAGCAAAAAGAGCUCACCUCGGAGCCUCACUUGCUGCCCAAGCCCCCGGCCAUCGGCUCGACGCUGAUCAGCAACGGCGGAACUCCAGCUGAUGGAUGGGACCAGGAUUACAAUGACUGGUACAAUAAAGAGCACAGCGCCGCGCUAAGCCUGGUCCCUGGAUGGAACAACGGCCGCCGCUACAAGCACGAGAAGGCAUAUGGCGGGGCGGAUUAUGCAUCUUGGUACGGGUGGAACUACUACGAUGCCGAGAAUGGGCUCUACGGUCCAGAGUGGCAGGCGAGUAUGACACCUUGGACGGAGAAGGUUCGAGGGCAUGGGCGGAAGCCAAAUCUGCGUCGCGUUUGGAAGGUCCUGAGGAACUAA